GUAAAACGUCAUUGGUGAAAAAAGAAAUACUGGUGAAUUUCGUACUCCACCGAAAUUUUUCUUUCUAGUAUUUGAAGUUUUUUUUUGGGAGGCGAUUCAAUUCGAUUUGUUUCGCGUGUUUUUCAAGAAAGAUAAAAAAGAACACGAAAUUAAUUGUACACGAAUUGUUAUUUGAGUAAUAAAAACAAUUCCCCCAAAAAAUGCAGUGCAGUCUACGUAAUGUCAUAUCCCUUGCGAGCAAGGUCCCAUUGAAAUCGAAUGGAGCCAUUCUUGGAGCAUUGAAUGGUCGCUUCUACUCCACCACCCAUGAUGCUGAUUUGGUUGUCAUUGGUUCCGGACCCGGUGGAUAUGUUGCUUCCAUCAAAGCAGCUCAAUUGGGAAUGAAGACUGUUAACAUCGAAAAAUACCCAACCUUGGGUGGCACCUGCUUGAAUGUCGGUUGCAUUCCAUCCAAAGCUCUGCUAAACAACUCCUACCUCUAUGAGAUGGCAGCACGGGGUCAUUUGGCCGAACGUGGAAUCAAUGUCAGUGGAGUUGAGUUGGAUUUGGAGAAGCUGAUGUCGAUGAAGAGUAAUGUUGUGAAAUCGUUGACUGGAGGAAUUUCACAGCUCUUCAAGAAGAACAAGGUUACACAGCUGACUGGGGUUGGUACCAUUACUUCGCCAAAUACUGUUGAAGUCACAAAAGACGAUGGCAGCAAGGAGACAAUCAACACAAAGAACAUCAUGAUCGCUACUGGAUCCGUUGUUACACCAUUCCCUGGAAUUGAGGUUGAUGAAGACACCAUUGUAUCCAGUACCGGAGCUUUGUCACUCAAGCAAGUUCCCCAAAAGAUGAUAAUCAUUGGAGCUGGUGUCAUUGGUCUUGAACUUGGAUCUGUGUGGGGACGUCUUGGUGCCGAAGUUACUGCCGUCGAAUUCUUAGAUACAAUCGGAGGAGCUGGUAUUGAUGCUGAAGUCUCAAAAACCUUCCAAAAGGUGCUCACCAAACAAAAGAUGAACUUCAAACUCGGAACAAAAGUGCUCGCCGCAACCAAAUCCGGCAGCGGAAUCACUGUGUCUGUAGAGAAUGUUAAGUCUGGCGAAAAGGAAGAUCUGACCUGUGAUGUAUUGCUAGUUUGUGUUGGCCGCAAACCAUACACAUCAAACUUGGGCUUGGAGAAUGUUGGCAUUGUCUUGGAUGACAGGGGCAGGAUUCCAGUUAACGCUCAAUUGCAAACUGUUGUGCCUAGCAUCUAUGCCAUUGGUGAUGUCAUCCACGGACCUAUGUUGGCCCACAAGGCCGAAGAUGAGGGUUCAGCUUGUGCUGAGGGCAUGAUGGGUGGUCAUGUGCAUAUCGAUUACAACUGUGUACCAAGUGUGGUGUACACCCAUCCCGAAGUUGCGUGGGUUGGAAAGACCGAGGAGAUGCUUAAGCAAGAGGGUGUUGAAUACAAGGUCGGCAAAUUCCCAUUCAUGGCUAAUUCGAGAGCGAAGACCAAUAACGAAGCAGAAGGAUUUGUCAAAGUCUUGGCUGAUAAAUCAACAGAUAGGAUUUUGGGAACACACAUUAUUGGACCUGCCGCUGGUGAAAUUAUUAAUGAAGCUGCUCUUGCCAUGGAAUAUGGAGCUUCGGCUGAAGACGUUGCCCGUGUCUGUCAUGCCCAUCCCACAAAUUCUGAAGCUCUUAGGGAAGCUAACAUCGCUGCUUCAUUCGGCAAACCAAUCAACUUCUAGUUCCAUUCUUCAAAUCCCAUUUCACACCACGAACCGUUUGUUAAUGAAUUUCAGAGAGAGAGAUAUAACUUGAAUGCUAAUAAUGAUGGUGUGCUGGUGUUUAGCUAAUUAAUUUCAAAAGCAAUUUAUUUUUAAUUAUUUUUACUUCCACCUCUUAAAAAAUAAUGAUAACAAAAAAAAAAACACAACCAACAAACGCAAACGAUCUUAGAUUUAAACGAAACAAAUAAAUUAAUAAACAAAUAAAACAAUACAAAUUGUUUAACAAUUGUGAAUAAAAAAACUUUGUAAAGUUUAUUUGCUUUA